AUGGGCCCGGGUCGCCUGCUGGUCUGGCUGAUGCUGGCAUCUGCGGGCGCUGCCCCCUGCCCCGAUGUCUGCUGCCGCCUCGGCCCUUCGGUGCUGCGCUGCACCCGGGCUGGGGCCCUGGAUAGCCUCCGCCACCUGCAGGACCCCGAGAAACUGACCGAGCUCUACAUCGAGAAUGAUCAGCAUCUGCAGCGGCUGGAGCUCCAUCACCUGAGGGGCCUGGGGGAGCUGAGGAACCUCACCAUCGUGAACAGUGGUCUCCGACGCGUGGAGCCAGACGCCUUCCACUUCACCCCUCGGCUCAGACGCCUAGUCCUGUCUGGGAACCCUCUGCGCUGCUCCUGUGCCCUGCGCUGGCUGCAGCGCUGGGAGGAGGAGGGACUGGGCGGCGUCCAGAAGCUCCAGUGUGUCGGGCAGGAGCCCUCGGCCCUCAUGUCCAACACCAGCUGUGGCGUGCCCAUGCUGAAGGUGCAGACGCCCAAUGCCUCCGUGGACGCGGGGGACGACGUGGUGCUGCAGUGCCAGGUGGAGGGACAGGACGUGACCGAGACCGGCUGGAUCGUCACGGAGCUGGAGGCGUCGGCCACCGUGGUGGCUGGCGACGGGCAGUCAAGAGCAGCCACAGCUGACUCAGGAGGCCUUGUGGACAAGCAAUCUGGGAAUCUGACGUCGCUGGGGCUGACCCUGGCCAACGUGACCAGCGACCUCAAUAGAAAGAAUGUGACAUGCUGGGCGGAGAACGAGGUGGGCCGGACUGAAGUCUCUGUCCAGGUCAACGUCUCCUUCCCGGCCAGCGUGCAGCUGCACCCGGCAGUGGAGCAGCAUCACUGGUGCAUCCCCUUCUCGGUGGACGGGCAGCCGGCCCCCUCCCUUCGCUGGCUCUUCAAUGGCUCCGUGCUCAACGAGACCAGCUUCAUCUUCACCGAGUUCAUGGAGCCGGUGGAGCCGCAGGCAGCCAAUGAGACUGUGAGACAUGGGUGCCUGCGCCUCAACCAACCCACUCACGUCAACAAUGGCAACUACACGUUGCUGGCCACCAACCCCUCGGGCCAGGCCUCGGCCUCCGUCAUGGCCGCCUUCAUGGACAACCCUUUCGAGUUCAACCCUGAGGACCCCAUCCCUGUCUCCUUCUCGCCAGUGGACACUAACAGCACGUCGCGAGACCCGGUGGAGAAGAAGGAUGAAAUGCCGUUUGGGGUCACAGUGGCUGUGGGCCUGGCUGUCUUUGCCUGCCUCUUCGUUUCUACGCUGUUCCUUGUGCUCAACAAAUGUGGACGGAGGAACAAGUUUGGGAUCAACCGCCCCGCGGUGCUGGCUCCCGAGGACGGACUGGCCAUGUCCCUGCACUUCAUGACAUUGGGGGGCAGCUCCUUGUCCCCCACCGAGGGCAAAGGCUCCGGGCUCCAAGGCCACAUUAUCGAGAACCCACAGUACUUCAGUGAUGCCUGUGUCUGUCACAUCAAGCGCCGGGACAUCGUUCUCAAGUGGGAGCUGGGCGAGGGCGCCUUUGGGAAGGUGUUCCUUGCGGAGUGCCACCACCUGCUGCCGGAGCAGGACAAGACGCUAGUGGCCGUGAAGGUGCUGAAGGAGGUGUCUGAGAGCGCUCGGCAGGACUUCCAGCGCGAGGCUGAGCUGCUCACCAUGCUGCAGCACCAGCACAUCGUGCGCUUCUUCGGCGUCUGCACCGAGGGCCGCCCGCUGCUCAUGGUCUUCGAGUACAUGCGGCACGGCGACCUCAACCGCUUCCUCCGGUCCCACGGGCCUGAUGCCAAGCUGCUGGCUGGCGGGGAGGACGCGGCUCCGGGCCCACUGGGCCUGGGGCAGCUGCUGGCUGUGGCCAGCCAGGUGGCCGCGGGGAUGGUGUACCUGGCGGGACUGCACUUCGUGCAUCGGGACCUGGCCACGCGCAACUGCCUGGUGGGUCAGGGUCUGGUCGUGAAGAUCGGCGAUUUCGGCAUGAGCAGGGACAUCUACAGCACCGACUACUACCGCGUGGGGGGCCGCACCAUGCUGCCCAUCCGCUGGAUGCCGCCCGAGAGCAUCCUCUACCGCAAGUUCACCACCGAGAGCGACGUGUGGAGCUUCGGCGUGCUGCUCUGGGAGAUCUUCACCUUCGGCAAGCAGCCCUGGUACCAGCUCUCCAACAGCGAGGCGAUUGAGUGCAUCACUCAGGGACGGGAGCUGGAGCGGCCACGGGCCUGCCCACCGGAGGUCUAUGCCAUCAUGCAGGGCUGCUGGCAGCGGGAGCCCCAGCAACGCCACAGCAUCAAAGAUGUGCACGCCAGGCUGCAAGCCCUGGUCCAGGCGCCUCCCGUCUACCUGGACGUCCUGGGCUAG